AUGCUGACCAUGUCCAGCCAGAAAUUAGAUAUAAGAUUGUGCGACGGCUUCAACAUCGACACCAAGAACCCGCGGAUCAUUAAAGGGCCCAAGCAGGCUCAGUUUGGGUACACGGUGCAGCAGCAUGUGGCGGCGGGCGGCGAGAAAUGCUCUGUCCUAGGCUGUCCUGGGCUGUCCCGGGCUGUCCAGCUCUGUCCUGGGCUGUCCUGGGCUGUCCAGCUCUGUCCAGCUCUGUCCUGGGCUGUCCAGCUCUGUCCUGGGCUGUCCUGGGCUGUCCUGGGCUGUCCAGCUCUGUCCAGCUCUGUCCUGGGCUGUCCAGCUCUGUCCUGGGCUGUCCUGGGCUGUCAUGGGCUGUCCCGGGCUGUCCAGCUCUGUCCUGGGCUGUCUUGGGCUGUCAUGGGCUGUCCUGGGCUGUCCAGCUCUGUCCAGCUCUGUCCUGGGCUGUCCAGCUCUGUCCUGGGCUAUCCUGGGCUGUCAUGGGCUGUCCCGGGCUGUCCAGCUCUGUCCUGGGCUGUCCAGCUCUGUCCUGGGCUGUCCUCUCUCGCUGUGUGA